AUGGCAUCUUCAUCUGACCAAAGUCCGCUCUUACUGGGUAUGAACCUCCUCCCCUCUGCUCUCAUAGCCACCAUCAUGACCAAGCUCGGCAUCUGCUCCAUCCAGUCACUCGCAUCCACGUGUAAGACCUUCUGCUCCUGUGCCGCCCACACCCUGUCUUUCGUCCCCACCUUCCACCUUUUUGAUAUAGCGGCGUUGAUGGAUUUGUUGAGACCUUUGUUACCUUCAAACCCUAUACUUGAGGAGCCUAAAGAACUUGUUGAUUCUUUGUUAAAUGCUGGUGAUAGAUUGUUUAUAAUUGACUUUUAUUCUCCUGGUUGUGGAGGCUGCAAAGCAUUGCAUCCUAAGAUCUGUCAACUGGCUGAAGCAAACCCCGGAUGCAAUUUUUCUUAA